CUGUCAUUACUGUCUUGAGUAUAGUUAAACUGUGGUCUUUUCAUAUUUUGGUACGAGUUUAAGAAUGUUUUUUGACAGUGUAAUGAAUAAUCUGCAUAAAAAAUAUAAUAAUUAAAUUUUAUAGUGUCAUUAUAUUAGAGAAAUGUCUAAUUUACUUGUGCACAAAAGUUUGGAAUUAUUGGGCUACGAGAAAGAUUUACACAAAGAACAUAAAAAGAAGAAGAAACGUAAAAAUAUCAAAUAUAAAGGAGUAUUGGAUCUAAUUCCUGCUAAACACAGAAUUACCUCCAAGAACGAUAAGACAGAUCUUGGUACUAUUCUGGGACGAUCCAGCAAAACUACUGUUUACGAAACCCAGAAGCGCAUAGCUACUCAACAAGAUCCUACUGAUGAAAAUGUACAACGGCUUCUGUUGCUAAGCAAUAAUCGAAUAAAUCCUGAAACGGCAAGCAAACUGUUGCAUCGUGCUGUUAAAAAGAAAUACAGUCCACAAGAAGAGAAACCUAAAGAGCCAGAAAAGACAGUUUUCACUGAAGAAGAUUUCAAGAAGUUUGAGCAAGAAUAUUUAGAGUAAUAUCAAUCGUAGUGUGGAAUUGUAAAGAUAACACAACGUGACAAAAAUAAAAGAGCAAUCAGCGAUGUUCGAUAGCGA